AUGCAUCUGAUCCGCGCAGUUGCCGCCUCGCUCUUCGCCGGCCUCGCCAGCGCCUCGCUCGUCCCCGCACCACAGCACAUCUUCGUGAAUCCUGAAGACGGAGAUGCCUCCAGCUACCGCAUCCCGACCGUCCACGAGUCGGCCGUCAUGGCCCGGAGGAUCCUGCACCUAAGCGGGCUCGGCACACUGUCGACUGUCUUCCCAAGCAACGAGAAGCAGCAGCACCAAGACCCAAGCACUGCGGAGAACCGACCGUCCGACGUGGGCGGCACGCCGAUCGGGCUCAUCGACUACAUCGCCGACUGCGAGCACGCCACGGGCAACCCGACCGUCCUAGCCAUCGGCAUCGCGACGAGCUUCAAGAACGUCGCCGCCGGGUCCAACAUCUCGCUGGGGCUCAACUGGGUCCCGCCCAAGGGCCAGGUCCACUCGCCCGCCAGCCUGCCGCGCUUCUCGCUGCAGGGCUACCUCGAGGACCUCGGCCCCGAGGACAUCGUCAAGCAUGCAAUCCCCGCCUGCUUCGCCAAGUACCACCCUGAUGCCGUGGCGUGGUAUCCUGGAAACCCGAUUCAUUCGAGUCGUUGGGUCAGGUUUGUCGUGCAGGAGGUCUACUGGAUUGGCGGGUUCGGUGAUAGGGCCUACAUUGGCUGGAUCCCCGUCGAGGAGUGGCAGAGCGUGACCAGGCAGGAAGUGCGGGACUGCGUGCUGCCCGGCGAGGAGAAGAGGAGUGCCUGGAGGGAGUGGCUGGGGCUUGGAAGUGGCUGGGAGCUCUAA